GUAUUCUAGGGUUUGUGCCAGAGCUCGCCCCCUUCAAUGGCGGCGACGCGGCUGUCGAUCAGGAGCGGCAUUCACAGGCUCGCACAGCUGCGAUUCAGUCUGGGGCCGCGAUUCUAUGCCACCAAGCAGGAAUUCGACGAUGCGUAUGAGAAGGAGGACGAUGAGGAGCUCCGGGCUGGAAAUGCGGACAAGUUUGGGAUGUCUAACAAGCAGCGUGAGCAGCUACUGGGAAGGGCUGCGAAUCAACGUUCUCGGCAGCAAGAGCCUCUUCCUCCGAUGAAAUGGCAAUUCGAUAUGAGAGUGGUGGAUGUGAACCGGACGUUUAGAGUGACAAAGGCUGGUGGGAUCCAAAGCUUCACGGCCUUUGUGGUGUGUGGCAACUAUGAAGGGAUCGCCGGCUAUGGCAAGGGUAAAGCCUCGGAUGUUGGCUACGCUGUUGACAAGGCUUACAGGAGAUCGCUAAGAAACCUUCACUUCUUUGACAUCUACAUGAACCGGACCAUUUAUCACAGCCAAAGAAGCAAGUUUGGAGCGACACACGUGAAGUUGUGGCCUGCUGACAAGGGGGUCGGCCUAGUUGCAAGCGAUGUUGUUGGGGAUAUACUGUUCUUGGCAGGAUUCAAGGACAUGAAGUCCAAGGUGAUUGGGUCUCGUCACCCUCACAGCACAGUGAAAGCUCUCUUUAAAGCCUUGUGCGAGGUCGAAACUCCUGAGGUUCUACCAGCCAUUCGACCCCAAGGUCUUUUUUCAUGGUCAUUGUAACGAAGCCAUGUUUGACCAGAUGCUGGAUAGAACAGUUUUGUUUCACUCUGUACAUGGAUAGAAGAUGUUUUGUCUUCUGUAGAAGGUGUCCUUGAUGACGGGCUUAUUGGCAAAUUGUGGCUUAGCGUAGUUGAAUGUCUUUGCUGUUCUUCCGAUCUCAUCAUUGGCAGUUCGAUAGCCACCACUUUCCUGAUCACGCAAAGACUUCCACAAGCAAUAGGCCGCUCUGUGUUGGCAGUAGUAUGUCUCGUGAUGGCAUUUGGAACAGAAGGGAGUAAUUGACAAGCCUGGUUUUCCAACAUCGUACAAGUACUUGGGUCCUUCGAACUGCCAUAUAGUAAACGAGCUGGUCACUCUCUCCAGAUGCAACAAAUCUUCUGCCGUACCCGUGUGGGUUUUCUCUCGGAUUUGGUCGCAUCCUUUUCUAGCUUUUUCAUUUUCUUCGCCAUGGUUUCCAGCGAUUUAACCGAGUGCUUGUAGUCCAUCUGUGCAGGCAGAAGACAAACAAGCCUCAAGCGUUUUCCUCACGCUCCACGUACCUUGAGCUGCUCCCGAUACUGGCUGGAGCUCGGCGUACAUGAUCCGAUCAGCGUAUGGGUCUCCCUGCGGGGAUCAACAAGGCAAGUCUUUUCAAUCACUAGGCUGGUUUCUGGAUAUCCUCCUUACAUCGGAGACCCAAGGGUGCUCUUUCUGGAAGUAGACAUCGAUGGUCUUUCCGUGCUUUCCAGGAUUGGUCAUAAAUUGCUUGCCAGUGAGCUGAGACGGCAGCGCUGCACACAAAAGAGCAAAUUGAAGCGAGCAGCUUGAGCUGCGAGCAAGAAAUCCUUGCAACUUACGAGGCCGGUGUCCAUAUUCGAAUGGAUUGUCUUCGGUGCCCACUGUGAUGUAACUCGUGAUCUCGAAGACAUCGCGAAGCGCUCUCUCGGUGAGCAGAUUCUUAUUCAUCUUCGGUCACUAAGAAGGAGAAGAAGAAGAUCAAUCGCGCUCUCCACAAGAAGAUUGCCUGAAACGGAGCUGCGGCAGCGGACGUGUCAUUCCUCUGAAAACUCUAACCGCCCUGAGAGAUAAUCUUUUCAGCUGAAAGGAAGUUAUAAUCAGCUGAAAGGAAGUUAUAAUUGAUGACUAUGUAAAAAAGCCACAGCUUAAAACACAUAAAAUGAUCUCCUUUCACUUCA